AUGGCUCCGGGUCCUCCUCCGGCCGCGCAGCCCUUCUCACCACAGCAGAUUCAGCAGAUGAUAGCCAUGGAAGCCCAGAAACGGGGCAUGACCAUUCCACAGUUCCAAGCCUUCCAACGUCAACAGAUCGAAACCGAAGCAGCCAAAGCCGGCAUGUCGCCACAGCAAUUCAUUCAGAUGAAGCAAGAGGAGGCCAGACAGGCAUACAUGCGACAACAAGCCACACAGCAACAACAACAAGGCCAACCUCAGCGUCAAGGACAGCCUCAGCAGGGUCAACCGCAGCCAGGAACGACACAAGUCCAGCAUAUCCCCGUCAACUCGAGCGUCGAACCUACCCCUGCUGCUUUGGCGGUUGCAAAGUUUCUACGGUCCCAAGACUUGAAGACGCGCACGUGUAUAUUCAACGGCGAGAGGAAGGACAUGUUCAAAGCAGUCAAACGAGCAUUCCGCGCCCUCAAUUCAGAUGCCUACAGAAAGGCCCAAAAGAAGAACCCUCUCCUGCCCAAAGUCGAGAACGACCAAGAGGCUCGCGGCGCUCUACAACUCCUCCCUCUAUCUAUGCUGGCCCUGCGAGUAUCCAAGAAAGAUCCUCAUGAAGGACACAACCAUGCCAAACCCAAAAAGGAGAAAAGAGUCAAAGGUCUAUGGGAAGUCAAGAUCGAACAACAACAGGACUUUGAUCCCAUGAUGCAUUACGUGUGGCUGUAUGAAGGACCACAGUGGAAAACCAAGAUCUGGGCCGGCGUGGUCCUCCUCGCAGUAUUCGCGGCAGUUCUGUUCCCGCUGUGGCCAUUGAUCCUCAGGCAAGGAGUGUGGUACCUCUCUGUCGGCGCGAUGGGGUUGAUCGGUCUGUUCUUCGCCAUGGCCAUUUUCCGGCUCAUCCUCUUCAUCUUCACAUACUUCUUGGUCCCACCGGGUCUCUGGCUCUACCCCAACCUCUUUGAAGAUGUUGGUUUCUUCGACAGUUUCCGUCCGCUCUGGGGAUGGCAUGAAACCAAGGAAGACGUCAAGCGCAAGAAGCAGGAGAGAAAAGCUAGGAAAGCCCAAAAGCGAGCCGUCGCGGCCGGGAAGACCGAGGUGACUCAAACCGAGGAUGUGAAGACUGCUGCUCCCACGAAUGGAUCCGCAGUCAGUUCAUCGGUUCAACCGUCGACCACAUCAAUCGCUGCCAAGCGACAUGCUGCGCCGACCGUGGAGGAAGUCAACGAGGAAUGA